AUGUCCAUCAAUAGACGUUUUCUCGCAGCUGCUCUGUUAGAUCGACCACCUUCAUUACAAUGGCCUUCUGCUGUCCCUCUCUCCCCUCGUCGAGCCGAUCAACCCAAUCAACCAUUAUCCGACCCAUCAGACCCGUCUGUCCACAAGAAAGAAAUACAGGUGGAUGUGUCCGAUUGGGGUAUACCUGAACAUCUUCUUUCUCCCGACGCUCCUAUCUCUUCUCAAAUCCCUCAACAACAAAUUCCAGAUUUUCGUACUUCACUCGAACAGAAUGUUGGUGAUGAACGUCAACAUGGAGGUAUCAAGAUUGAUCAAAAAGCCCAACGACCUCAACCACAAUUACGCAUGAUGAAAAAUUCCAUGCGUCUACAACAUAUACCAGGAGGUAAAGCCACACCUAUCUUAUCACCAUUUGAAAGGAAUUCAAUUCAUUUAGAUCAACUCCCAACAUCAUACGAUACGUCUACUCUGGAACAUGAAGAAAUCAUUCAUGAAACACCGGAAGAUUUCGUUUCUUCAGCAUUGGAUAAAGCUGCUAGGGUACGUCUAAUGGCAGAGAAUGGAGGUGUUCCAUUACCUACUUCCCCGACUGGUACUAUGGAAAGAUUAAGACCUACAAGUAGGUUAUCGAUGAAUUAUACGGAUCCUCAUCCUCUCAUGAUUCCUUUACCUGAAUCACCAAUGUCACAAAUGAGACCAUUAUCUUCUAUGAGUAGGAAUUUCAGUCCUACUUUUCAUCGUGAAGAAGAAAGAGAACAAGUGGAAGAGAAUCCUUUUGCUAUACCUGCUCCACCAUUGGAAUUAGGAUCAAGGUUUGAUCCGAAAGUUUUAGCUGCUCAGAGGAGAUCAAGUACUUCAAUGUCGAAUCAUUCUUCUACUCCUAUUCCUUUCCCAUCAACUUCAACUCAACAGUAUGAUAACAGAUCUUCUAUGGACCUCAAUAAGAUGUCGAACAUCCCCCAAGAUGUGAUCUCACAACAGACAGGUAUCUUUUCACCAGAAGAAGAAGAAAGAAGAUUGCUUGAUAUGCUUAGACAGAGUAAGAAUUUCGAUGAUAUUCCAACUGCUGAAGAAUAUGGUAAACCUUUAAAACCAUCACGUUAUUCAUCCAUGCCGAAAUUCCCAACUCGACACAGUUUGUUAAGACCGAAAACUCUCAUUUUGCCCGCCCCGUUGAGAGGAAGUGAACCACCACCAAAAGUUGAAAAAGUGCCAGAAGGUUGGACUUUGGGGGAAAAACCUUUACCUGCUCAAGCAAGGAGUAGUAUAUUGUUGGGUAUCGAACAUGGUGGAUGGGGGAAGAAGGAGAUUAGACAGAGUAUGAAUCUUGAGCCUUUGUUUGAUCUCUCCAGACCUAUGAGCGUUGGAGGUGAGGGGAUCGAAGGGGAUCAAGUUGACGGUGUUGGGGAAAUGAGAGAGGGAGGAAUGGAAGAAUGGGAAGGACCUAGAAAGGCGGGGAAACUAUAUGGAACAAGCUUGAUGGACCAACUGGAAGCUCGGAAACAAGCCAUCAAGGGUAAACAAAGAGUUUUCACGGGCGAUUCCAGACCAUCGAUGAUGUCCCGACCUUCCCUUCCCUCACCUCAGUCCGCCAUCCCCUCCCCUUCUUCCCCCAAUCACCCUCCCGGAGAUCGACGCGACUCUCUUCGUCCCUUGUUACAAUUCGAUUCUAAUCCCAACCUACGAUCUUCGUAUGUAGACCCCGGAGAUAAUCGCAAUUCCCUCCUAGACCCAGGUCAACGUAUCCCAAAAUCACGUAGUGUAUUUGGUGUGGAUCAGAUAUGGGAGAAAGAAAUGGCCAAAUUGAAGAUUAUGCAAGAAGAAGAGAAAGGGAGAGAGGAAGCUGAGAAAGCUCGUAUGGCGGCUUUGGAGUUGAAACGUGUGGAAGGGAAACGAUCAAAUUCUCAGAUGAAUAUCACACCGUCGAAGAAUGAGAUGUUGGUUCCCAUGGAUGAUCUGUUGAACGAACAACAAGACCGUACAUCGCUUCUUGAACCGCUUCCAGCUGAAGAAGACAAUACUCCGGGUCCGAAUGCCGGACUCGUUGGACCAAACGAAUCAAACCUUGAACACUCCCCUCUCGAUUUGAAGAUCCAAACUGGAGGUUUAGUUGAUGCAUCUUUCGAUGAAGGGGACGGAGCCGAGGAAGAUAAAGAAGACGAAAGUGAUGAUGAUGAAGAAGACGUUCCUUUAUCGAAAAUCACGCCUAGGAAAGUACAGGUAGAAGAGGAUAGUUCGGAAGACGGUGAUAUUCCUUUGUCCAGGUUCAAAUCACCUACAAAGUCUCCUAUCGGUCAUGGACAAUACAUUGGUGAUCAAUCGAAUUCUCUCAGUCCAUCAAAAGGGCAAUGUUUUAACCUACCCAACUCGCAAUCGUUUACACUUCCCACUGGUCAACUCGAUACACCCACAGUACAAGGAGAAGACGGAGAAGACGAUGACGUCCCUCUUUUAUUACGAAAACACGUGUUGAAGUCUUGUCAGGAAGAUGAUGAUAUACCAUUAGGGAUCAAACGUUUGUCUAACAUGUCUCCUCAGGUGUUUCCUCAUUUUGGUCAUUCUGGAAUGGCAGGUAUGUCAGCUAUGUCGGGUAUGCCGGGACAUAUGCCUGUUAUGGGGUACUCUGGGAUACCGAUGAUGGGUAUGCCGAUACCUAUGAUGCCUGGGAUGGGCAUGGGUGUGGGGAUGGGGAUGCCUGGGAUGAGUAUGGCGGGAGGGAUGCCGGGAAUGAACAUGAACAUGGACAUUGGCGUAGGAGGGAUGCCAAUGGUCGGGGUGGGUACACCAGGGCAAGCUGAGAAAGCUAUAGAUGAAUGGAGGAAAGAAGUUGCCGUUUCACCACCUAGCGUGGCUGGUUCGUACAGACUCACAGGAGAUCCUAAAUGGCAAGAUAGAGGAUGGUCAAUGUUUUGUAAUUGGAUGAAAACUGCUAAAGUCAACGGGGGCGUUUCGUCAGUGGCAGAUGUGACUCAAUUGCCUGUGACACAUACGGAUAACAUGGAAAGUUUUGCUCUUGCAGAGACGUUCAAAUAUCAUUUCCUCUUACAAUCCGACCCGGACGUUCUAUCUCUAGACGAUUACGUACUAAAUACCGAAGCUCAUCCAUUUAUAGCCACUUCUUCCCUCUCUCCAGGUUCACAAAACUUAUGGGACCCAUCCACCGUUUCCGACCAACAAAUAGGUAUCAGAGCUCAAGGUACAGAUGCACAAAAAUGGACAAGAUUUGGAUGGUUGAAAAAUUCCAAAGCUCCUUAUCUCCUAGAAUCAGAAACACGAGAUUCUGAUCCAGGUACUGAUGAAGGGUUUCAAGCUGUAGGAGGGAAAGGUAGAGGAGCAAUGGGAGGUAAAGGUAUGGGUUCAGGAGGUGGUGAUCCUAAUUAUAGACCGAAACCUCCGAUCGUACCGGGUAGAAUAUGGAAUGAGUAG